AUGGAUUCUGUUCGUCUUGUACCAUCCAAAGGAAAUGGCAACGGCAAAAUCGAUAAGCCUCUGCACAUUGCGAUGCUUCCAUGGCUGGCCAUGGGUCACAUAUACCCAUACUUUGAGGUGGCCAAGAUUCUUGCUCAAAAUGGUCACCAUGUCACCUUCAUAAACAGCCCCAAAAACAUUGAUCGAAUUCCCGAAGCCCCCAAAACCUUACAGCCGUUCAUUAGAUUGGUGAGGUUACCCUUGCCACACGUACAGAAUCUUCCAGAAGGCGCAGAGAGCACGAUGGACAUUCCCACCACAAAUAACUGUUUCCUCAAGAAGGCUUAUGAUGGGCUCCAAGACGCCGUUGCUGAGUUGCUCAAGACUUUAAAACCUGAUUGGGUUUUCUACGACUUUGCAGCUGCGUGGGUCACCCCAAUAGCUAAGAGCCUCAACAUUCCGUGUGCACAUUACAACAUAACCCCAGCUUACAACAAAGUUUUCUUUGAUCCACCCAAGGACAAAAUGAAGGAUUACUCGAUUGAAAGCAUAUGUGGCCCUCCCACUUGGCUUCCUUUCACCACAACAAUUCGUCUCAGGCCUUAUGAGUUCUUCAGAGCAUUGCAGCGUAAUAAAGACGAGGAGACAGGAGAAAAGGCUGAUUUUGAUCUCAACAAAGCAUAUUCCAGCUGUGACUUGUUUCUUCUCAGAACCUCCAGAGAGCUUGAGGGAGAGUGGUUAGAUUAUCUUGCUGGGAACUACAAGGUCCCUGUGGUUCCAGUGGGGUUGCUUCCACCAUCCAUGCAGAUAAGAGAUGCCGAAGAGGAAGAUAAAAACCCUGACUGGGUAACAAUCAAGGACUGGCUGGACACACAAGAGUCAUCUUCAGUGGUGUACAUUGGAUUUGGGAGCGAGUUGAAGCUGAGUCAGCAAGACCUCACUGAGUUGGCUCAUGGCAUUGAGCUUUCUGGGUUGCCUUUCUUUUGGGCUCUAAAGAACCUAAAAGAGGGGGAACUUGAGUUGCCAGCGGGGUUUGAGGAGAGAACGAAGGAUCGUGGGAUUGUAUGGAAGAGUUGGGCACCCCAGCUGAAGAUAUUAGCUCAUGGGGCAAUUGGGGGAUGCAUGAGUCACUGUGGUUCUGGUUCUGUCAUUGAGAAGCUUCAUUUUGGGCAUGUUCUUGUCACUCUUCCGUAUUUGCUAGACCAAGCCCUGUUUUCAAGGGUGUUAGAGGAAAAGAAAGUGGCGAUUGAGGUGGGAAGGAACGAGAAAGAUGGGUCCUUUACCAGGGACUCUGUGGCGAAGACAUUGAGGUUUGCCAUUGUGGAUGAGGAGGGAAGUACCUUAAGAAACAAUGCAAAGGAGAUGGGGAAGGUUUUCAGUUCGGAAGAACUUCAUAAUAACUACAUUCAAGAUUUCAUCGCUGCGCUUCACAAAUACAGGAUUCCUUUCAGCAGCUAA